AUGAUCGGCCAUCUUACCUUUAUUAUCUUCAUCUGCUUCUGGCAACGGAUACGCGAGGUAUUCAAGACGCCUCACAUUGUAUUUCUGGACAAGCUCUGUAUUAGCCAAGAGGAUCAGAUUUUGAAGGAGAAGGGUAUCCUGGGCUUAGCUGCCUUCCUCUCCAGAGCGGAGACGCUUCUGGUCCUCUGGUCCCCGCGAUACUUUCGCCGGCUAUGGUGCACGUACGAGCUUGCUACCUUCCUGAACUUGGCUUCCAAGUCGACUAGACCUCGAAAGAUCCAGGUUUGGCUUGCAGCUCAUUCUCAAAAGCGUUUUGCAAUGCCUGCUGUCUCAAGUAUGCAUGCGCUGGAAGUGUCAGGUGACGCAGAGAGUAGACCGCAUGAGGUUUGCCUCCAAUUGCGAUACCACAGCUGUUGCAUUCUAGCUGCUCCAUGUGCUGAAGUGACGCAAGGUGGAAUUUUUGCGAGGGAUCCCCAACAUCAGGGACCCAUCAUUAUGCUCACUUCCGUUCUGUUCAUCUCCUUCUUGAUUUCACAACAACGUGCUGUUUGUGUUUUCUGUGGUCGCAAAGCAGGCACCGUCUUUCCCCCGUACGAGGGGUCCCCUACACGGCCCGUUGAAGGUUCAGGGUUUCGGACUCACCGUGAGCAGUGCAGGUGA